AUGUCCGCUGCUGCGCCGCCGCCUGCGCUGCGCCACUGCGCCGUCUACGGCUGCAACGCGUUCCCCCAGCGCACGGGACUCUGUCGGCCUCACGGCGGCAAAGGCGGUCGGCUCUGCCUCGCGGACGGCUGUCACCGUCGCGAACAGGCCCAGGGCCGAUGCCGCCUCCACGGCGGCCGCACGCCCUGUCGCUCCGACGGCUGCGCCAAGUUCGCGCAGAGCAGAGGCCUCUGCCGCGCGCACGGCGGCCGCGCAGGGGUCAAAUCGUGCCAAGUGGACGGCUGCAGUCGUCGCGAGCAGGUGAACAACCGGUGCCGACUGCACGGCGGCAACGACACGUGUCGCGUCCGGAGCUGCUCGAACGUCGCCCAUCGCGCGCGGCUCUGCUGGGCCCAUAGCGGCACGGGGGGACUGCUGUGCGUCGUGGACGGCUGUACGCGGCGGCAACAGGUGCGCCGCCGGUGCCGACUGCAUGGCGGCCAGACGGCGUGCGACGUCGACGGGUGCCACAAGUGUGCGCACAAGGGGGGACUGUGUCGCACCCACGGCAGUGGCUCCAUGUGCCGCGUGCCGAGCUGCGGCAAGUUUGUGCACACGGGCGGCCUGUGCCACGCACACGCCAAGGACAGGCAGAGGUGA